CUGGGAUGUGGCCGCAGAGGUGCCAGAGCACGGCAAGGAGGUGCUGGGCGUGCAAAAGCCAGAAAAGUGCUAAGAUCAACCGUCCGGCGGUGGAUUAACAGAUGGUCGAACGCACCCCCGGCCGCUGCUCACACGUCACCGGCCGUGCACAUGCAAGAGCUCCACUUAAACCGCUGUUCGUCUGUCACAAACUACACACACACUUACUCACUCACACACAACUCUUGCAACGCUUGCCCCCGAGUAGUCUUCCAGUGUGCAGGGCUAAUGUAUCCGGCAGUAUGGGUCUGCCGUAUGCACCUGGGUACUUUCCGCCAGGCGAACUCACGCUACAUCUUAGCUGCAUGCAUAACAAGAGGCAUUCAAUCCUAGUCCAGACAGUCUGUAUUGGACACCGCGCCUCGGGACCGUCUAUCUCGCACACUGAGGACUGGGUCGCUCACUGCAUAAAUCUUUCAGUGGGCCAUCUUGGUUCAAUAUUCACGGCUCUGGGCUGCGUAAUCGGAGCGGGGUUCAGAUUACUGAUAUCCAAGCCUGGAGGUACUCGCAGGACUGUAUAGAAUCAAGGCGAGGGGCCACUGGUCCUCGAAAUUUGCUCGAUCCACGGCCCUCGACCCUGAAGGCUGAAUCGAGACCCUCGUGCUUCGAAACCCCAUCGACUUGCACUCCGUUGCCCACAACUGUACCGAUGCAAACAGAUGUGGCGCUCAGCCUUCGU